AUGGAGAUUACAGACCCCAGCAAAGAGAUUAUAGGCAAAAGGAAAAGGAAGAGAAAUAACUACUUGGUUCUGGACACUUUAAAUAUAUUAAGAAUUUACCCUAGAUCUGAGAUUGAGACCUUCUCCCUGCUGCUACUUGGCCUGAGAUAUUGUCUUCCUCUGUCUUCCUCAUUAUUGACAUUUUAUAGCUUCCCCCAAAGAAGCAGUCCAGGUAAUAACAAAAUGUACUGCAGUGACAUGAUGGUCUGGAGAAAAGUUUCAGAAGCUAAUGGGUCUUGCAUGUUGAGCAACAAUUUCAUCCAUUGCUCCAUGGAAGUGGUCGGCCGGGUCUCCAAGACCCCCAGGUGCAAGUAUGAACAGAAUCCUGGCAUAAGCUGCUCUGAGCGCCAAGAACCGGGGACCACUGCAUGCUGGCCCACUAUGGGCAAACAAUUCCCCAGUUGCCAAUACCACAGUGUUACCUCGUAAAGAAAAUUUGGCCGUGCUGACAAGUCAUUCUUUGAUAAGCUAGUUAGUGGCUCUAAGUGGUAAAUCUCACAGGAAUUUGAGACUAGAGUCUAUCUAAAAAGGACAUAAUUAUUCUCAUUAUUGGUUAUUGCUUUUAUUGUCCACAAUAAUCAAGGAAACUCUUGAUUAUUUAUACUAACUGAAGAAAUGAAAAGUCCAAAUUGUGGAGAAUUCAAUUAAAAUGUGUAACUGAUCAUGGAGUGUAGACACUUCUCUCCUACUCUUUCGUACAUACACACACAUGCACACACAAAUUUCUCUGAACCAAACAGAAUUCCAUCCAAGCUCAGCUCUAAAGCCAAGAAGUAUAGUUUACCCAACUUGACAGAAUUAAGGAGAGAAGACCCCCAAAAAUACAGAAAAUUUAAAGUUAAUUGUACUGCCACUGAGACUGUUUGAAGAAAUAUUGAAUGAC